GGUUCGUUUUUUCCCUCCACAAUCCAUUUCCCUUCUCUUCUCCCGGCACGCCGGUCGCCAGAUCCAAUCCAAUCGAAUUGGAGGAGACGAGCGAGAAGGGAGCAGAUCUCCGCUCCCCGCAUCAGCUAAGCUAGCCAUGGCGCCGCCUAAGCCCGCCACUCCCGACGCUGCCAGCAAGCCCAAGAAGAAGGUCACCCCCGCGCAGGUCGCCUUCCUCGUCGACCGCUACCUCGCCGACAACGGCUUCCACGCCGCGCUCGCCGCCUUCCGCUCCGACGCCGCCCACCUCUUCAGCCCCAACCGCGCCAAGCCCCCGCCAAAGGGCCUCCUCCCGCUCGCCGACAUCCUCCACGACUACAUCGCCCUCAAGGAGGGACGCGUCGCAAUCGACUCCGCCAUGCACGCCAUGCACUCCCUCGUCUCCACCUACUACGCCUCCUCUUCCUCCUCGCCGCCGCCUCCGAUGAUGAUGAUGAUGCCUCCCCUGCAUCCGGCCACCAACAGCGCCCAGCCAUCGUCGCCCCCGCUCGUGCCGCCGCUCUUCGUCGCCUCGUCUUCGUCGUCUCCUCCGCAGCCCCAAGGCACCGCUGCGGGAUAUACUUCGCCUGUCGUACAUCACUACGCUCAUGCAUCCACGGCGCUUCUUGUCCACAACUCCUCAGACGUGUCCUCCUGUCAGCAGCCCACCAAAAAGAGGAAGCAUUCAAAGUCUGCAGGGAAGACUACGACGGCCUCCAAGAAAUCCUGCAUCGCAUCGGCUACCACCUCGGAUACAAAAGGUAAAGCUGUUGCCUCUCAGCUGUCGAAUGAUAACUUGUCAGCGGCCCAUCCAUCUUCAGCUGAACACUCUGCUAUGGCAAAGCUUCCUGUCCAGAAUUCAUCUGUUGCAAAGAGCUUAUUCAGGCCACUUCAGCCUCAGCUCCACUCUUCUCCCUGUACACCGCAACAAAGCUAUGACAUACAAGAUCAGGAUCAGGCCGCUGCUUAUCCAACUCAAAUGCCAUUGCCUGUGGCUGCAAGUGCUCAUACCCAACAGGACAUUGCCUCCUCCCAGUGCUCCAUAGUGUCUUCCAAGACCCUCAUCGUCAGCCCUCUCAAAGGAGGCGCCUAUUAUGCUGUCGAGAGGAGCUACCAUGUCAGCUCCCCCUUGAAAUCGACCACCCACAAGUCAACCAAGAGGGAACAUGUCAAAGGAAAACUAAAUUUUGACAUUACUGAUUCAAGGCCAGUUCCAAAUGAGCAGCAGGUUUGUGACAAGGCCUCUACCUCCUCUGAUGAAGACAAGCAAGAUGACUUUGACAUUGAUUUCACAAAUCUUGAUAUAUUCGAUGGCGAAUUUUCCUUUUCCGAGCUUCUGCUUGACCUUGACCUUGACACUGAAGGCGUUCACUGCCAGAACCCUUCAGCAAGCGCUGAAGUUCAAAGACUAGAGCCUGUUGCCAAGAGUGGUUAUGUGACAGAGGAUCCUGCCUUACCUGAUUCAGUCAAGUCAAUGGCUGCAGAUUUCGCUGAAGAUUUCAAUUCACAAGGAGCCACAUCUGUUACUUCUGUCAGGGCUAUUACUAAGAGGAUAAAGAUCGUUAGCCCUGUGAAGGGCCGCAUAGCUUCUUAGAGCAGUGGAUGGGAUUUCAUACCAAGUCAAAUGCCACAGUAUGUAGCGGCAUGACUGACUAACGAUGUCUAGAUGGCCUGACAAUGCAUGACAGUGUAUGUUGUAGUAGUGACCAAUUGUACUGCACUGAUGAGGGCGUUUUCAGCCUCCUGUAGCAUGCUAGUAAUGUUAUGCUGUUUCCUCCCUGUAUUUGUUAGCAUUUUGUCCUCAUGUAAAUGCUAAGCAAUAUGGCAUUACUAAUUCUAAGGUUAAUGGUUUGUUUGUAUGAGAAGCUUGGUAUUAA